AAGCAAUCUUAAUGAAUUUGGGCCGGUUAAUGUAUCUGGACUGAAACCUCGUCCGUAUCUGGAAUUCAGUUCCAUAUCUGGACUGAAACCUCGUCCGUAUCCAGGUAUGCUCUAUCCUCAGCUGCUGCAACUUCCUUCUCUAUCAAUAUUCUCAAAAUCAAUGAAUAAAUGAAGUGUUGUUUGGACAGUGUUGACGCAAAACAGAAUUUUCAGAUCACGAAGAUUCAGUUUUCCGGGCCAACAACACUGCUUUUAUAUAUUUUGUCAAAUAGGAGCAACGUGGAGUAACAAUUAAAGAUGCCACUUUAUGACUGCAUGCUUUUGUUGAAACCCCAUAUAAAGAAGGAGGCGUUGAUGGAACUGGCUAUUAAGGUGGGGAAGCAUGUCUAUGGUAGAAAUGGAGUCCUCACAGAUGUAAAGUAUUUUGGAACUGUCCAGCUCGGCUAUGGUAUUAAAAAGCUUGAUGGGAGGUAUUUUCAGGGGCAGAUGAUGCAAAUGACGAUGAUGACACCGCCUAAUUUCAACAACGAGUUGCAUUACCUGAAUAAGGAAGACCGUUUACUUCGGUGGCUGUUGGUUAAGAACCGAGGGGAUCUUCAGCUUGAUUCUUCGGAUCGUUAUGAACCUUCACGUACCCUGGUUUACCAAGAUUUUAAGGGUGAUGAGAAAGAAGACAGUGAUGAUGAAGACACUGAUGACACAGACGAUAAAUACAAUAAAGGCUCCCUUUUCUAAGUAUUGAAUGAAUAAAAACUGUGAAGACCCCCCUUUUAUUGUUUCAUGUAGGCAUGGACCCGGUUCGGGCCGCCCGGCCCGGGACCGGCCCGGCCCGCCACUGUGCGGGCCCGGAACCGGCCCGGUUCUCGGGUCCGGGUCGGGCCUAGGCCCGGUGGGGGGUCCGGGUCCGGGCUCGGGCCUUGUAUUCGGCGAACCGGCCCGGCCGGGUCGGGCCCGGGCCCGGGCCGAAUUGAUUUUUUUUUAUUUUUUUUUCAUUUGUUGGGGUUAGCCGGGUUGGGCUUGAUGGUUAGGAGGGGUUUGGGGGUUUGGGGGGGUGAGUGGGGGGGUUAGGAAAGCAAAAAACAAAAAAAAAAUUAUGACCGAACCGGAGGCCCGGCCCGGCCCGGACCCGGACCGGACCCGGUGGCUACCUGGGCCGGUCCCGGGCCUUCCUUCCCAAAAAAAAAGCCCGGCCGGGCCCGGCCCGGAACCGGAACCGGCCCGGCCCGGGUCCAUGACUAGUUUCAUGGAUUCAGGUUGAAUCUCUGACACUUUUUGCUAUUUAUGUCGUGAAAUAUGAAAUGGAUACUAUUCGCAAUUUCGCAUGUUAGAACUUUGAACCAAGAAAACUAUCCGGGUUUAUCUAAUGUAAAACAUAUGCUUUGAUAAUCCAUGAUAGU